AUGGAUGAGCCCAAGUACACAAUCUACGUACGGGUUCCUAUACCGCGCGGAGACUUUGUCGACCCUCCGCAGGUAGAUUGGGACGCUGAGAAGGAUGAAGCAUUGUGGCGUAUCCUGUCUAGCGCUGCGCAAAAAGAGAUAGAUUGGAAUGACAUUGCAGCUAAAUUCGAUGUCACGGUCGACUGGCUCCUCAAACAGGUGGCAUACCUCACGGAAAAACACGCCUCGCAAGUAAGGGCUCAGGUACGGAAAGCGGCUGCCGCGGCCAAGGGCUCGGCCGCACCGUCGCCAAUUCCUGCCGCUGAGUCUUCCACGACCGCCGAUCGACGAUCCCAGCUCGGACAGCCCAUCGGCCGCGAUCCCUUGAUACCACGCAACGAACCUACCGGCACAAUUCGCCCUGCCAUAUCUCGUGGAGGAUCGGGUAACACAGUCUCCCGCGAUAUUGGUAAUUCCUCUUCGCGCCCGGAGAGCAAACAGUUACCAUCACGCACCACAGAGGAAACUGCUGGUCGUCGUCGCCUGUCAUCUCUACCUACCUCAGCAUCGGGAUCGAGACCAGCUGCAGUGCAGGAACCCAGCCGAGAAGAAGCCGUCUCCCCGGGACCUGCGGAGUCCUCUUCAGGAGAGUCAUCUGAAGAUGAGUCUAGUCCUGCACAGUCACGAAUCAUUCGACGGCCGCCGCGAUACCAAGAAAACGAUGCUUCCUAUCAGGUUGACGAUGACGGAGACGAUGAAUCUGAACCGGCAUUUCAGCCGUACAAGUCUUCUGCGGACCAAAAUUCAGCUUCGGAUCUUGCUUCCACUUUGCGUGGAGACAGUCGUACAUCAACCAAGCGUGGCAAUAAGCAUCUCGCUCGGGAGCGUAUCCACCAGUCCCAAACAUCUGAUUCCUCUGCAGGAUCCGGUGCUCCCGGCGCUGAGUCGAGUAAGCUGCGUCGGCCGAAAUCUCACAAUUCGAAUCAGAAGCCUGCGCAGUCAGCGCUGAGUCCCUCCGGAAAGGGUAAACUCUCCUCUCAAGAUGGCAGUGACGGGACGCCAAGCAUGGGCAGUAGUUUUAGUGAUCUUGACGAUGCUUCUGUCACACAAUCUGCCUUGGAAGAAGCCCUGGCCUCACAUAUGCAUGGUGCCGGCAGUCGCUUCAGUAUAAGUCAGGCUUUCCGUAGCCGCUAUUUUGUCAACGACGAGGACGAAAUUCGCUCCAUCGCUGACCCAGACUACUACUUUAAUUAUUUCUUGAGCAGAAACCCCCGAGUGAACCUUCGUCAACGUUUCCAAUUCGACGCUGCCGUUCAAGGUGUCAUUCACGAACGACUCGAAUCUCUCGGCCUUGUCAAAACCCCGCUUCCUCCUGUCGAGCCUGGAUCAGAAUCAAAAUAUGUCAACAUCUUUGUUUCGAAGAACCUCGCAGAUGCCGAGCGCAUCACCAUAGUAUUUGGUGAAUGUGCCAAGGAGCUCGGCAGCGUUGCUAACAGAGUCGUCGGCGGUCCAGGGGGCGUUGAGAAGGGAAGCAUGAUUGGCGCGGUCAAGGCUAUGCAGCGCCACGGUUCUGCAGGCAUCAUCCUCGCCAAUAUGGGUGAGUCAUACUGGUCCCAGGAACACAGACGGGCCAUCACUGUAGGGCAUAGUGCGGCUCUCACAAUGCCCAGUCUGGUGCACAUGGGCAUCAAAUAUCAUGCGGAAGUCAACGACAUCCCAGGCUCCGAAAGCCCAGCAUGUCAUGUGCAGACUGUUUUAAACACCGUUAUUACUAAAAACGCAAAAAAGAACGCGAAAAUCAACAUUGUUGCUAUCGGAGACAGUUGCGAAGUCAUAACUACCCUCCUGGACGAUGAGAAGACCUGGACCAAAUGGGGUCCAUCACUUCAAAGCGCCGUAUUCUACAGCCCUGCAUUCUACAACGAGCCAAAGCAGGCAGGCUUGAGAAAUUUCCUUGCAAAGAAAUCAAGAGGCUACAUGGUGUCUGACCAGCCCCAGGACACGCCCCUUUCCGGGCCGAAUGGCAACGCGGCAGAGGGAACCCCCCCGCUUGGCUUUCCUUGCUAUUCUUCUGGAGAGCCGAGCAUUGUCGAGCUUUGCUUCAUCAGCGCCCUAGAGCCGGGUCUCUCAUACCUUGAUGAGGUGGCGCGGACUCCAGACUUUGAGAACCCGACCCCUACCAUUUUCGAGCGCGCCACGGCCGAGGUGGCGGAAAGUGCGUGGGAUGCGCUCGCGCCAGAGCAGAAGCCGAAUAUUAGCACCAUGGAUGAGGAGAAACUGCAGCAGGAACUCAAGGUUUUGCGCAGCUGGAGGUACUUUGAGAAGCAUGGGCGUGCGCCGGACAGUGACGAGGAGUCUGACAUGGAGGAUGAACAGGCCGGUAGUAGCCUGCCAGUUCCGCCGUGGGGCGAAGACCCAUAG